CCGUUUUGCCCUAAAACUUCUGGAAAGUUGACAUGAAGUAAACAACCUCUUGUCACACCUUAACCUCUUGUCUGUGCGUGUGGAUCACCGGUGACCCGCUGCAGUAAUAGGCUCAACUCAAUAUCUCGCUUGUUCGUGAAGAAGAGGCGACAGUUGUGGUUGCAAAAUUAUCAGGGACUAUUGCUGUAAAUAUUUUCUUCUAAGAAAAACACCCCAAAAACUGUCAUAUACAUGACUUUUCGAGUUGGCCACACCAUGGUGCACAAGUAUGACACAGAGCGAGCAGUGGGGCUGCUCAGACGAUACCAGGCCAACCUGACCAGUCCAGAGGAGCAGGCCCUGAACAUCAGCGUGGGCAAAGUGUCUGCCAUCUUGGGCAGCCAGCUGUUCCAAGCUCUUCUUGAUAUUCAAGAGUGUUACGAGGUGACCUUGCAACUGAACAAGGAACAAACUGUUGUGAAAGAAGACAACAGGCAGGAUGUGUGGGAGGACCAGGAGGAGGAGGGUGUGUCUCGGGUACGAGUGACCAGCAGGAGGAGCCCUCACAAAGUGGAGCGAGUUUCUGGCUUGGUGACUCGCUCCCAUGUUGACAUGCCAAAGGCCAACCCUCCCCCCAUCAUCGUCAACGCAGAUUCACUAGAUGCAGGCCCUUAUGUAAAUGGCAGUGAUGGGAUGUAUAAAUACGAAGAGAUCAUUUUAGAGCGGGGGAACUCUGGUUUGGGCUUUAGCAUUGCUGGAGGAAUAGAUAAUCCCCAUAUUCCUGAUGAUCCGGGGAUCUUCAUCACCAAGAUUAUUCCUGGAGGAGCAGCUGCUAUGGAUGGAAGGCUGGGGGUGAAUGACUGUGUGCUGCGUGUGAACGAUGUGGAUGUGUCGGAGGUGGUCCACAGCCGGGCAGUGGAGGCCCUGAAGGAGGCCGGACCAGUCGUGCGGCUGCUUGUCCGACGGAGGCAGGCCCCACCUGAGACAAUUCUGGAGGUCAACCUGCUGAAAGGGCCCAAAGGGCUUGGAUUCAGUAUCGCUGGAGGGAUCGGCAACCAACAUAUCCCAGGAGACAACAGCAUCUAUAUUACCAAGAUCAUAGAAGGAGGAGCUGCCCAAAAAGACGGACGGCUGCAGACUGGAGACCGCCUGCUAGCUGUGAACAACAUCGUGCUACAGGACGUGCGUCAUGAGGAGGCAGUGGCUGCGCUGAAGAACACCUCUGAUAUGGUUUACCUCAAGGUGGCCAAGCCAGGACCUGUGCAUCUCAAUGACAUGUACGCCCCUCCAGACUACUCCAGCACCUUCCCCACCAUGGUGGACAACCACGUCAGCCACAACUACAUGGGGGCAAUGGAGCCCAAGCCUGUGUACCCGCCGCCCCAGGUCACCCCGUCCAGGUACUCGCCAGUUCCCCGCCACAUGCUGGGGGAGGAAGACUUCACAAGGGAGCCAAGGAAGGUGUUGCUGCACAAGGGCUCCACAGGGCUGGGCUUCAACAUCGUUGGUGGGGAGGACGGAGAAGGCAUCUUCGUCUCCUUCAUCCUGGCAGGAGGGCCAGCUGACCUGAGCGGCGAGCUGAGGAGGGGCGACCGGAUUCUCUCAGUGAAUGGAGUGAACCUAAGGAAUGCCACACAUGAGCAGGCGGCUGCAGCACUGAAGAGAGCUGGACAGACUGUCACCAUCAUAGCUCAGUACAGGCCUGAAGAGUAUAGUCGCUUCGAGUCCAAGAUCCACGACCUGAGGGAGCAGAUGAUGAACAGCAGCAUGAGCUCGGGAUCAGGCUCCCUGCGUACCAGUGAGAAACGCUCCCUCUAUGUCAGAGCUCUGUUUGACUACGAUCGAACAAGGGACAGCUGCCUGCCCAGCCAAGGCCUGAGCUUCUCUUACGGGGAUAUCCUCCAUGUCAUAAAUGCUUCUGACGACGAGUGGUGGCAGGCGAGGCUGGUCACGCCACAUGGAGAGAGUGAACAGAUUGGGGUCAUUCCAAGCAAGAAAAGAGUGGAGAAGAAGGAGCGGGCCAGGUUAAAAACGGUCAAGUUCCACGCCAGGACAGGCAUGAUUGAGUCUAACAGGCCAGUCAAAGUAAAGCGCAAAAAAAGCUUCAACCUCUCACGCAAGUUCCCGUUUUACAAGAGCAAGGAGAAUAUUGUGCAGGAGUUGGAGUCUGAACAAUGCCUGACAUCCAACACAAGUGACAGUGAAAGCAGUUCAAAGGGACAAGAGGAUACAAUUCUUUCCUAUGAGCCAGUCAUCCGACAGGAAAUCCACUACACAAGGCCUGUGAUCAUUUUGGGCCCAAUGAAGGACAGAGUAAACGAUGACCUCAUCUCUGAGUUUCCCCACAAGUUUGGCUCCUGUGUACCCCAUACGACUCGUCCAAGGCGAGAGAAUGAGAUGGACGGCCAGGACUACCACUUUGUGGGCUCCCGAGAGCAAAUGGAGAAGGACAUUCAGGAUAAUAAAUUCAUUGAGGCUGGCCAGUUCAAUGAGAACCUCUAUGGGACGAGCAUCUUGUCUGUCAGAACUGUGGCUGAGAGGGGGAAACACUGCAUUCUGGAUGUGUCUGGGAACGCCAUAAAACGACUGCAGCAAGCACAACUUUAUCCGAUUGCCAUCUUUAUUAAACCAAAAUCCAUUGAAGCCCUAAUGGAAAUGAAUAAGAGGCAGACUUACGAGCAGGCCAAUAAAGUCUUUGACAAGGCAGUUAAGCUGGAGCAAGACUUUGGAGAGUAUUUUACAGCUAUUGUACAGGGUGACUCGCUAGAGGAGAUCUACAACAAAAUCAAGCUAAUCAUCGAGGAGCAGUCUGGUCCCUACAUCUGGAUCCCCUCCUCAGAGAAGCUCUGAGCUCCCUGCCGUCCCCUCUGCGUAGGUGCAGAGCUCCCCACCUGCCUCCCAGAGACCCCAUCCAAGCCCAAAUAGCCCCCCUCCUCACCUCCUUUUUGCAGAUAUGUUUCAUAUCAAGUUUUAGUGUCAUCAUUAUGUUACUCUCUAAAUGAAAAAGAAGUCUUAUCACCAUUACUGUGACUGUGCACACCCCUGCAUGAGUUUCUCAACAAAUCCAUUCAAGACUGGAAAUGCCAUUCCAAAGGAAUAUGUCGAAGGAAAACAAAAGGGAAAAUGAAUAAAUCCUUUUGUGAACUGGGACUGACUGAAGAUCAGAAUGUUUUACAGAAAGAGAGUAGCUGGGGUUCAAGAAGAAGUUGCAGGGAAACAGAGACAAAUCAUACCAAGUUGGAACACUUUGUAAAUGUUCAUCAAAUCACAUUUAAAAAGACACACAAGAUGAGGAGUGAAGACCAGUCACGGUUUUCUUUUCUAAAAAGACUGGAUAAAAUCGAGCCCUGCUGAUGGUACUGUUCAAGGAGUCAUCUCUCUUGUUUAUACUGACUGAGGAAAUUAGUGGAGCCUACAAACUGGUGAUCUAUUUAUCACAAACCAGCUUGCUGUUUGGUCGUCUGCCAGUUGUCUGUGCUGCAGCUGAUAAAGACAUCUUGGGAGGCAGAUCAAGAGGAAGAAAUGCGUUGUGAAUCUCUACAUUUAUAUUAUGAAAUCACAAGAUAAAUGAUAAAAUCCCACUGAGAUUUACUACAUAUUAAAAACUACACAUUUUACACUUCACUAGAAUUGUCAAUUUGGAGGGCUGUUAGAUUUCCUUUUUAUGUUUUUCUUAUUUUCUUUGUGGGAUUUUUUGCUUGUGGAUUUUAGCUGCUCUGUGUAAAGUAUGGGGGUAGAGAAGUGUAACUGGGCUCUCUGCAAAACACCAAACUGCCUUACAUCAAAUACAAAUUCUGUUUUGUGACUACCUGUUGUCUGUUAAGGAGGCUGCACACAAUUGACAAGGAAAAGGGAAAACAUUCUCACCUUUUCUUAACUCUUUGUGUGUCAUUCGACUGCCAGGAGGCCUGACUUGAGUGCAAUAGAUAAAACAAAGUCUCACCUCUGUGGGCGCCUUUUCUUCCCUGUUUUCCAACCAUCCUUACUGUGUAAUUAAAGAAGAAUUUGGCCACUGAAUUACAAUUUGGACAGCCAGAGCCUAACUCAUGUUGAGCAGCAGACCACCCUAUUACACUCUCUGCCUUCCAAGAGGAUUUUCUUCUGAUUGAAUGGUCACAUGGUACUGUCCUAUCUGCCGCCAUCACGGUGGCCUUAAAACGGGUAGAACAAGACAAUAAUUGUAUUGGAUGUCCUAACAAUUAAAGAGUCAAUAUAACCUGUUUUGGAUUGUCCCCCUGCCCCUCCCACGAAAAACAACACUAAAGUUGGGUUUGAUUAAACCUUUAUGCUUGGUGUAUCUAUAAACGUAUUAAUUCUUCAUGAAUCUGUCAUUGGCAGGUGCUGAACCACUGUGUUGAGCUCUUAUGUGUGUCUGGGGUGAGCUAGACCAGCUCAGGAAUCUAAACGUACAGAUACAAUUUCCCCUGCGACUGAGGCCAUGCUUGGGUGAUGACACAGUUCCUAGCUGUCAAAUGUGAACAAACGCGUACUAAUAGUACUGUCGCUUAGUUAAAUGCGUCUUCAACUUAACCGUGUAAUCGGGCUGCAUUCUGUGUCUUCUCUUUUUCCGUGAGGUGGGAAGCUUGUUCAAGGCCAUCUGUGCGGUUACAUUAGAGUUGGCUGUAUGGCAUCACCGGGAUUGAAAUGACGUUCUCCAUCCUCUCAUGCAGAUCUUGGCACUGUAUGUUUGUAUCUGAAGAAGAGUGUGGCCACCAAUUGUUCUCUCUUUCCUCCUCAGCCUUUUGACGAGUGCAAAGGGAUUUUUUUUUUUUCUUCUUCUCAGAGAGCCAGACCCAACAGGAAGUGGCAACGUAGACCUCUGGGUCCCCUGCUCUCUCCCACCCACAGAGCACCUGUACCUGCAGGCAUUUUCUGAACAGGUGUGCCCACCUGCCAGGCACCACUGCUAAACCAGCUGUCAUUACCUGUGUCAAAACCAGAGUUCAGGGAAUAACCGAAGGGAACAGAGCCAUUUAUAAACUGCUUGCAGACUGUUUCAAAGGGUGUGGUAGCUGUACAAUGUAAAUAAGCCCCCAGCAGAUCCCCCUCACCUGUGCUUCAUGCAUGUGUGAAUCAAACUGGGACAAACAUGUUUUAUAGACCACAAAUGUCAGGUAAGUAAAGUUUGAGCUACUCUUGAGAUAUAAUUUCCAUACAAAUGUGCUGUAUUGUUGGUAUUUCUCUUCAAAUGCCUAUUGGAAAACUUAACUAGCCAGUUGGGAAUUCAGUUCCCUCAAGUAGGGCCUGUCUACAUGUGAUUUCUUGUGGAACGUGUCUGGGUGUAUAGAUUUUAAAAAUAUAUUGUAAAAUAAUUAAAGAGAUGCAGGCAGAAACCUACACAAUAUCACAGAAACCAGGAGCAGUGAUCAAUACAUCAUUAGAAGUUUAGAAUUGGUCCUCUCUGGUGUUUAGUUACAAUACAGCUGACUGUUAACAAUGUGUGUGGUAUUCAUACCUCAGUCAGCCAUGUCAAAGCCCAAAGAACUUGAUUUCAUUUUACUCUUUCCAUUGAGGUUGUGGUAUAUAGCAAGAUGGAAGCUGAAUGCCUCUGUGUGUGUAUAAUUGAUGAGGGUCUUUGUUCUGAUGAGAGAAAUGAUGACAUAUAUGCUUUUAUUUUUGGGGGGGGGGGGGUCAGGGUUCUUGUUUGUACUUUUGGGUGAUGAUGUUUAUGUUAUAGCACAUCUGUGCAGUAAGUGCUUGCAAACAUGAACCCUUUGAUUGUACAGUAGUUUCCUUCCUGUCACUGCAGGUGGUACAGCCUAUCAGGACAUUUGGCCUCAUGGUCUUCCCUGUCCUAGUCAUGAGGGAACACAGUCCUGCAACUUUUGUUUGGGUUUUAUUUUGGGACUUGACAAGAGUUUAUUUGUUUGAAAAUAAAAUACGUGAUUCAGUUA